AGCACAAAUUAUAGAUUUCAGCAAGUUGUCACAGAGGUUUUUUUUUGUAGGCACUCGCCCGACACGAUAUUUCACUCUUUUAUAUCUACACAAGAAGGAAGAACAGGUAACGAAUAAUGCCCCCGAAACGUGCUGCUAUGGCCCAGGCAAUCCGUGACACCUUCACGGAGGACUCGAGUCUGGAGGUGGUGGACCAGUGGUCCUCGCGGGCGGUGGCAGAUUUGGAGGAGCGUGCGAGGAACGCCCACGCCGCCCGUGCUGCCAUCCUCGCAGCGAGCUACACCGCUGAUGCCGCAUCCACUGUCCCGCAGAGCGUCAUUGUGUCUCUGCGAGAGUAUCAGGAGCACCUGCACGACAUCUUUCGCGCCGCCGAGACGGUUCGCACCGUCAUUGCGUGUCGCAUCCCCGAGUUGAAGGCGGAGGACAACCUCGGUGUGGAGGUGCAGCUGGCGGUGUUGAAGAUGGUGGACUCACUAGAGGGGAAGGCGAUGGGCAACGGUGGUGACAAGGAGGGCGGUGCGCCCGGCGUGAGCGGCAUGUACGCGGCACGCGAGUACCUCACCGCCCGCGGCGCCGCAGAAGAUAAGAUACUGGGUAAGGUCGGCGAUGACGACAAGAAGAGCAAGUCCGCCGCUCCGUCGGUGCUCCUGGAGCUCCAGCAGAUCGACGCGGAUGCUCUACUGAAGUUGGAACUGAGUGCGACGCAGGUUGCCACGUCGAUUCGCUCCUUCAUCAACGCCUACGCGUUGAACUGGAAGAAGCUUAUUCAGCCACGCAGCGGUUCUGGAGACAAGAGCAUCAGCUAA